GUGGUACUUUUGGAGGAAGACUGUGAUCUUACGAUUCACAACGCACGUGGUUGCGGUUUCCACAAGCAGGAAAAAUGUCUCAAGAAUCUUCAGAUGAAACAUUGACAGUUACGUUAAAGGUUUUGAAGAAAUCAAAAGAACUUCAAUCCUAUUGCAACAAAACCUCAAACAGAACCAUGCACUUUUUCAACGUAAUUGGUGGGAAUGGCACAGAAACAUACAAAAUUAGAAUCUAUCAAAAGGCAAGGUUUGACAUGAUCAAGGAGGGAAUGAGCUUUAAAUUCCAAAAUGCACUGAAGAAAACUGGGAACGAACUAUGGAUAACAUCAAGAAGUAUUAUUGCAUAUGCAGCAUCAGUGGAAACCAGUGAAGACAUACAGGUACCAAAUUUACCUGAGAAUGCACCACAACAAGGAGAGCGAAAACUGCUUAAGGAUGCUUUGCAGUCACCAGACAAAUCGGAAGUUACUGGGAAGAUAUUCAAGGUUUCACCAUUGAAGUAUCGUCAGGAAGGUAGUUUAGCAGUGAAAUCAAUCAUGAUCAAAGACACCAGCAGUGUCGCCAAAGUUUGCUUAUUCAACAAGAAUGCUUUGAGUCCAUUUAAUGUUGGGGACACUGUUAAAGUCACAAAUGUUUACCCAAAAGUGUUUCAAACAAGAAAACAGCUAACAACUUGCCCAACAUCUUCCUGUGAGUUUGUUGCUGACAACAAAGUAAACCUUAGUGAUGAAGAUUUUGGUUUUGCGAACCUUGAUCCAGAUUUUUCGGAAGAACUGGAAAAUACAACACCUGAAGAAAUUGUUCUUACUGACUUCACUGAUGUUGAUGUUUACAUCUGUUGUGACAACGCAGCUUGUCGACAAAAAAAAUAUGUAGAAGGAGAGUGCCCAGUAUGCCAAAGGACCAGCAGCUCCAGUAAAACAUUUCGUGUAAAUUUUCUGUUCAAGCGAGGAGAGAAAAAAGAUCUCAAGACAACUGUAUUUAAAAGCAUGCUUGAAAUUAUUUUACAAGAAGAGUUGAUAGUUGAUGACAAAGAGGAGCUGAUUCAAAUGUUGAUCAUGAGGCUACCUAUCAGAUUUAAAUCUUGCGUUAGUGCAAAUAACAUGUUUUACAAUGUUGAAAAGUAAAUAGAAAAUCAACAUUGAACGCCAGAAACAAAUUAUGAAUGUUUGGGGUUUUUUUUGCAACUGGAUUUUUUAAAUGAUAUAAUUUUUUUAUGAUUUAAUUCAUAGCUUGCAAUGUUAGAAUGCCACUCAUUUAUGAGCAAGUUUUUUUAUUGUCAGUACUACGAAGUAGUUUUUUGUGCUAGAAAGUGGCCAUUAUUUUUUAUUUCAAAACAGUAUGCUGUAGUACACGAUUUCCAUGUUUUGGUCAUUAAGUAUCUUAAGGUAUCAUAUCACCAUUAAAUACCAGUAACCAAAAAUGCAUGUUCAAAACUGUUUUUAUAUUGCAACUGCAUUUUUUAGCUGAUGAUUUCAUUCAUAGCUUGCAUUGUUAAUGUCUUUUUGCAACUUAUUAUAGAUUAGGGUUGAGUUUUUUUACUGUUCUAGAAAAUAGUCUUUUGUAAGAGAAAGUGGUUACAUUUCGUGUAAAUUUUCUGUUCAAGCGAGGAGAGAAAAAAGAUCUCAAGACAUCUGUAUUUAAAAGCAUGCUUGAAAUUAUUUUACAAGAAGAGUUGAUAGUUGAUGACAAAGAGGAGCUGAUUCAAAUGUUGAUCAUGAGGCUACCUAUCAGAUUUAAAUCUUGCGUUAGUGCAAAUAACAUGUUUUACAAUGUUGAAAAGUAAAUAGAAAAUCAACAUUGAACACCAGAAAAUAAUUAUGAAUGU